UCCCGUCCCGUCCCCGUCAGUCUGUGGGUUGGCAGCGGGUCGGUCGUACGCGUGCUCAGCGAGUCCGUGUCCGUGUCUGUGCGUAUCGCGUGCGAGCGAGUUGUGGCCUUGGUGCGAGUGUUUGCUAUCCGAGCGCCGGAGCAGGCGGAGCAGGCCGGGUGCAAAGUCCCGCCGCGCCGGGCUACGCCGGGCUCCCCGAGGCUCCGCGCCCAGCGUGCGUGCAGCUGUGUUGUGAUUGACCUCAGUGCAUGGAUGAGGUGGUGAAGUGAUUCGUCAGUGCGAUGCUCAAGAACAUGCCCCUGUUUAACAAGCGGAGCUCCAAGAAGGAGUCCGACGCCGUGCCCGUGCUGGGUGACACCAACGGGCACAGCAACGGGGACGUUGGUGACGGCGGCGGCCGCUGGUCGGGCGCGGGGGCGGAGCGCGACCUGGUGCACGGCAGCCCCAACAGCAGGUCGCCCGGGCCGCAGCGGCCACCCCUCGUGUUCCACUGCCAGCAGGCUCACGGCUCGCCCACCGGCCUCAUCUGUGGAUUUUCCACCGUCAGGGAGCUCUAUCAGAAGAUCUCCGAGUGCUACGACUUCCUCCCGGACGAUAUCCUGUUCUGCACGCUCAACACGCACAAAGUGGACAUGACCAAACUGCUCGGCGGCCAGAUCGGACUGGACGACUUCAUUUUCGUACACAGGAAAGGCCGGCCGAAGGAGAUCGAGAUCACCAAGACGGAGGAAGCGCUGGGGCUGACCAUCACGGACAACGGGUCGGGCUACGCCUUCAUCAAGCGCAUCAAGGAGGGCAGCAUCAUUGACUCGGUGCAGUACAUCCAGGUCGGCGACCACAUCGAGAAGAUCGACCGGGUGUCUGUCGUGGGGCGGCGGCACUUCGAGGUGGCCCGCAUGCUCAAGGAGAUCCCCAAGGGCGCCACCUUCACCCUUAGGCUCGUGGAGCCCCUGAAGGCCGGCUUUUCCAAUAUUGGACCUCGAUCAGGACCUCGCCAAGGGAAGGGAAACUACGGUAGUGGGAAGGAGACCCUUCGGCUGCGGGGAAACGGCGGCGCUCAAAUCGAAGAAAUGCCUGAUGCAUCCAUGCAGGCAGCUAUAGACCAUAUCAACGGUCUAUUGGAGAACUUUAUGGGCAUCAACGACACGGAACUAGCAACACAACUCUGGGAAAAGGCGGAGGGCAAGACGAACAGCAUGGACUUCGCUGAGGCUGUCGACAACUCGGACCUCGAAGAGUUAGGCUUACCUGAUGACUUUAUCAUCGAACUGUGGGGAGUGAUAACGGAUGCUAGAGAUGGAAGACUUAAGCCAAAGUAGGGAUAGGCCUGCAGGCACGACGCCUGUGUGAAUACUUGUAAGGGUUGAUACCAAUAGAAAUUGCGGUCUUAAAGAGACACAUCGGCCAGAUAUCCUUGCAGUGUCCUACAAUGAGGGAAAGCACAAAAAUGUCAAACCAAAGGAGAAGGGCUCUGGAAAAUUUUGAAUUCUGGUUGACCAGAAUCGGUAAUGUGUGUUAUUUAUGUUGUGUUCUUUGAUUAAGUUAAUUAUUCUGACUUUGUUACAAAAGUGCCAUUUAAUUUAAAUUACUGUUCCAACACAGCGGAACUUCAGUGGGUUUAAUUAUACUUUUAGCUGCUAUAGUGAAGCCUCUUGUAUGUAUUGUUCAAAGCUUGAUUUUCACUUGUUCUUUUUAAAAUACUUGAUGAGCUGUGCAGCUUGUUGUGCUAGUGUUACAGAAAAAGUGAAAAGUGAUCAAAUUUUUGGUGUUUAUUAAUGUUAAAUGAAGAGACAAAAUUAAAAAUAUCUAAUUGAACUGAGCAGGUGACUUUCCUAUGGACAGUACAAAAUGACUGAAAGCUUCGAGUUCAGAUUUGUUUUUAUAUUAAAUGAAAACACCAUUAAAUAAAAGUAUAAUGCAUUUGUACCAUGGAUUUGAUUGAGUUGCAUGCAUUUGGAUCAGUUAUGCUGCCAUCUUACAAUUAGAAGUAGAGUGAAUACCUCACUGUACUAGCUUAUUUUUAAAAAUUAGCCAUUCUAUUUUAAAGUCCCAAUAGCGGUAGCAAUUAUUUUGCCACCACAUAGUCAUUACUUUAAGUAAUGCACCAGUCCUUUUAGUCCUCCUUAUGUUUACUUUGUAAUGAAUAAUUAAAUCUGUGAAUUAGAGAUUACAAGGACAAGUUUGGAUGUAAGCAUGCAGUAAACAUUUUGAAUCCAGCCAUACUUAUAAACAUUCCAUGUUAAUAAUGUAGAUAGUGUUUAUUGCAAGAUGAUGAUAACAGUUCAAGAGAGGAAAUGUUAUUAUUCAGGGUGACCAAAGGAUGUACAGAAAGUCUUUGAGUGUUAAAUGAUUUGUACAUAAUAAAUUGUUUGAUUAAUGA